AUGCGCGCUUUUGUCGUGAAAGAACUUGCCCACCCUUCGAAGAUCACUCUGACCCCGAACUACCCGGAACCAUCAAAGGUCGGAGACGAUGAAGUACUCGUCGACAUCUAUAGCUCUGGAGUGAACUUCUUCGACAUUUUGCAAAGUCAAGGCAAAUACCAGAACCAGCCCGCGCUGCCCUUCAUUUUGGGUUCUGAGUUCGCGGGAAGAAUUGCGAAGAACUCGCCCAUUCCCAAGGGAUCCUCCUUCAAGCCUGGCGACAGGGUAUUUGGCGCGGCGCAGGGGGCUUACUCAGAGAAAGCAGUGGUCAAGGCCAAGUCCUUGCUCCCCCUCCCCGAUGCUUUGACGUACGAUCAAGGAGCAGGUCUUUUUGUGACAUGGCCAACAAGUUACGAGGCUCUUGUCGGUCGAGCUCAAGUUAAGCCAGGGGAAUGGGUUCUCGUAACCGCCGCCGCCGGGGGUGUCGGUAUUGCUGCCGUUCAGAUUGCGAAAGGUCUUGGUGCAAAGGUUAUCGCGGCCGCAGGAUCAAAAGACAAGCUCGACGUUGCCGUCAAGUACGGUGGUGCGGACUAUGCUGUCGAUUAUACCCAGAAGGAUUGGAAUCAGCAAGUCUUGAAAAUUACUGGGGGGAAAGGCGUAGAUGUCAUCUAUGACCCUGUUGGUCUCAUUAGAGACUCGCUCAAGUGCAUUGCAUGGAAAGGACGCGCUCUGGUCAUUGGAUUCGCUGGUGGCGAGAUUGAGAAGAUCCCCAUGAACUUGGUGUUGCUGAAAAACAUCUCUAUUGUUGGUCUCCACUGGGGUGCCUAUACUUUGAAAGAACCCGCCCACAUCCCCAGCGUCUGGAAAGGUCUGCUUGACCUACUUGCUUCUGGAAUCGUAAAACCCGUCAUCUACUCGGAGGUCUACCCGCUAGAGCGACUAGGCGAGGCUUUGGGUGCCCUGGAGCGAAGGGAAACAUGGGGCAAGGUCAUCAUUAGAAUUCAAGAAGAAAAGGAGAAGCCCAAGCUCUAG